AUGGAGAUUUGGGCUUAUGGGAAGGCUCAUCUGAAGGUUAACUCUAUCAUCAAUGGGUAUAUGGCGUCUUUCACCAUGAUGGCCAUGAAAGAGAUUGUGAGUUGUUAUAGAGGAUUUGAGGAGUUGGGGCCGGUUGUGGACAUUGAUGGCGGGCAUGGAGUGGCUUUGGGGCUGAUUGUGAAGGCAUAUCUGCAUGUUCAAGGAAUCAACUUUGAUCUUCCCCAUGUCAUUCAAACUGCACUGGAUAUUCCAGGUAUUGAGCACAUGGAAGGCAAUAUGUUUGAGAGCAUACCACAUGGAGAUGGCAUAAUUUUGAAGAGUGUAUUACAUGAUUGGGAUGAUGACAGUUGUGUGAAGAUACUUGACUAUUGCUAUAAGGCUUUGGGUGAAAAAGGAAAACUUGUAUUGUUAGAAGCCAUGCUACCCAAUUUGCAGGUACCAACUGAAGGUCUUGAAAUGCUUGGUGAUUUUGUUAUGAUGGCUCAUGGAAAUGGAUGA